AUGUGUGAGCGCAGUCUCUACAGAGCGGGCUAUGUGGGCUCGCUUCUGAAUCUGCAGUCGCCCGACUCUUUCUACCUCUCCAACCUGCGGCCGAAUGGAGGCCAGUUGGCUGCCCUUCCCCCCAUUUCGUACCCGCGCGGCGCGUUACCCUGGGCCGCCGCGCCCGCCUCGUGCGCGCCCGCGCAUCCCGCGGGUGCCACCGCCUUCAGCGGCUUCUCGCAGCCUUAUCUGGCGGGUUCUGGGCCUCUUGGCCUGCAACCCCCGGGCGCCAAGGAUGGGCCCGAAGAGCAGGUCAAGUUCUACACGCCCGAUGCAGCUGCUGGGCCGGAGGAGCGCGGCCGUAUGCGGCCAUCCUACGCCUCCGAGUCUAGCCUGGCCCCCUCCGCCGCUGCCCUCAAAGCCGCCAAGUACGACUACAUGGGUGUGGGCCGUGCGGCGCAGGGCUCCGCGGCCCUGCUUGAGGGGGGCCCUUGCACAGCAGCCGGCUUCAAGGACGACGCCAAGACCCCGCUCAACUUGAACAUGACAGUGCAGGCGGCCGGCGUCGCUUCUUGCCUGAGACCUUCGCUGCCCGACGGCCUGUCGUGGGGGGCGGCCCCGGGGAGGGCCCGCAAGAAGCGGAAACCCUACACGAAGCAGCAGAUUGCCGAGCUGGAGAACGAAUUCCUCCUGAACGAAUUUAUCAACCGGCAGAAGCGCAAGGAGUUGUCCAACAGGCUGAACCUCAGCGACCAGCAGGUCAAAAUCUGGUUCCAGAAUCGGCGCAUGAAAAAGAAGCGCGUGGUACUGCGUGAGCAAGCUCUGGCUCUCUACUAG